AUGGUACGUAUAACACAAUUCCUGCUUUGUUUCUUACUUGUAGUCGUUGGCCUUCUCAACGCAACAAAGCAACAGCAUAUGUUUGGUUUUGGAAAAAGAUCAGCUGAAGCGUUGGGUGAUACAGAAAUGGACUGGAGUUCUUGGAAUGGAAUAUCAAAGCGGGAUGACAAGAACAUGAUAGGAGGAAAACGAGGGCUUAAUAAGCAAUUUACGAUGGGUUUUGGAAAGCGAGAUUCCGAUGAACCCUUAGGCGGCGAAGAGGACAUGAGCAAUGGAGCUUCACUGGAGUUCACGAAAAUUCUUGGAAAACGACUCUAUGGGCUCAACAGAGAGCAGCACAAUUCCGAAGAUUCAACCUUGGCCUUGGACGGCGAUAGCUUCCUUAUUGACAAGAAACAGUGCAAGGUGUCGAUGAUAACAAAACGAGGCUAUGGACGACCUUCGUAUAUUCGACCACCUCCUCAGCCAUAUCAACCACCUCCACCUCAGCCGUACGUACCACCACCACCA